UCAGCAGCAUAAGAUGGAUAAUACUAUGGUAGAUGGUGAUAUUAGUCUUAUUGAUGAAGUAUCAGCUAAGAAAGCAGUGGAAGAUUAUGUUGCUACAUUACAGUAUGUUAAUAGUAUCAUUCAUAAUCAUCAUCAUGAUAAUAAUAACAAUAAAUCAAUAAUAGAUGCAAGACCUGCUGAUAGAUUUAAUG